UGAAAACUUAAACGCAUGCCAGAGACAGCAGCCAAGAGGGUUAGGCCACGCCGAUUGUCAAGCGUUGACAAUUUGACGCUGAAAUCCUUGGACACAAUUCGCUCUUCUCUUAGCGCCAAUCGCGAGAGAAGCGUGCGAGUUACAAAGGAAGAGCGAAAGAGAGCGAGAGCGCCAGCUAGAGAGCGCAAUACAACUCUGAGUUCAAAGCUCAACACACACAUACAAAAGCUAACGGCUACGCACAAAAUGCAACACAAAAUGAAUCUGGCAACGCUGCUGGCGCUGUUGCUGCUACUGGCCAGCAGAAGGAGCUCAGUGCUGGCGGAUAGCCCACAGCAUAUGGGCGGCGGCGGCAUGGGUAUGGGAAUGGGCAUGGGCAUGGGAUCACACUCAAUGGAGGUGAGUCCAGCGCCUGGCUAUGGAGUGCCCGCCAUACCCAAAGAUCCCAACUCACGUUGCGAAGAAAUCACGAUACCCAUGUGCCGGGGAAUUGGCUACAACAUGACAUCGUUUCCCAACGAAAUGAAUCACGAGACACAGGACGAGGCGGGCCUGGAGGUGCAUCAGUUCUGGCCGCUGGUCGAGAUCAAAUGCUCGCCGGACUUGAAGUUCUUCCUCUGCAGCAUGUAUACGCCUAUUUGUCUGGAGGACUAUCACAAGCCGCUGCCUGUCUGCCGCAGUGUCUGCGAACGUGCUCGCUCAGGCUGUGCACCGAUCAUGCAGCAGUAUAGCUUCGAGUGGCCCGAACGCAUGGCUUGCGAGCACUUGCCGCUGCAUGGGGAUACCGACAAUCUGUGCAUGGAACAACCUUCGUAUACCGAGAGUAGCGGUACCAGCAGCGGUGGCGGCAGUGGUAGCAGUUCUGGCUCUGGUUCUGGUUCAGGAGGAAAGCGCAAGCAAGGUGGCGCCAGUGGCUCUGGUGGCUCCUCAUCGACAGCCAACAAGUGCAAGGGCAAGAAUUCAAAAAACUGCCAAAAUCCCCUAGGAGAAAGGGCAAACGGAAAGGAGUGCACAUGCUCAUGCCGAUCGCCGCUCAUCGUCCUGGGGAAGGAGCAGCUAAUGCAGCAGUCCCCAAUGCUGCACCAUCACUGGUACAUGAAUCUGACUGUCCAAAGGAUCGCAAACGUGCCAAACUGCGCCAUACCGUGCAAGGGACCGUUCUUCACAAACGACGAAAAGGACUUCGCCGGCCUGUGGAUCGCCCUGUGGUCGGGUCUAUGCUUCUGCAGCACCCUCAUGACCCUAACCACAUUCAUCAUCGACACCGAAAGGUUUAAGUAUCCCGAGCGACCCAUUGUCUUCCUUUCCGCCUGCUAUUUCAUGGUUGCCGUUGGCUACUUGUCACGGAACUUCCUGCAAAACGAGGAGAUCGCCUGCGAUGGACGUUUGCUGCGUGAGAGCUCAACGGGACCGCAUUCAUGUACUUUGGUCUUUUUGCUCACCUACUUCUUUGGCAUGGCCUCAUCCAUCUGGUGGGUUAUACUCAGCUUCACCUGGUUCCUGGCCGCAGGCUUGAAGUGGGGCAACGAAGCCAUCACGAAGCAUUCGCAGUACUUCCAUCUUGCCGCAUGGCUUAUUCCGACGGUGCAAUCGGUUGCAGUCCUGCUGCUGUCUGCCGUCGAUGGCGAUCCCAUUUUGGGCAUCUGCUAUGUGGGUAAUCUCAAUCCGGAUCAUCUAAAGACCUUCGUACUAGCACCGCUCUUUGUUUACCUCGUCAUUGGAACCACCUUCCUCAUGGCUGGCUUUGUGUCGCUCUUCCGCAUCCGUUCGGUCAUCAAGCAACAAGGUGGCGUUGGAGCCGGCGUCAAGGCCGACAAGUUGGAGAAGCUCAUGAUACGCAUUGGCAUCUUCUCCGUGCUCUACACAGUGCCAGCCACAAUUGUCAUUGGCUGCUAUCUCUACGAGGCCGCCUACUUUGAGGACUGGAUCAAGGCACUCGCUUGUCCCUGCGCUCAGGUCAAGGGACCGGGCAAAAAGCCGCUGUACUCGGUGCUCAUGCUCAAGUAUUUCAUGGCACUAGCCGUGGGCAUUACCUCGGGCGUCUGGAUCUGGUCCGGCAAGACGCUAGAGAGCUGGCGUCGCUUCUGGCGGCGACUCUUCGGUGCGCCCGAUCGCACUGGUGCCAAUCAGGCGUUGAUUAAGCAAAGGCCGCCAAUACCGCAUCCAUAUGCGGGCUCGGGAAUGGGCAUGCCCGUGGGAUCGGCAGCGGGAUCGCUGUUGGCCACGCCCUACACACAAGCGGGCGGUGCUUCGGUGGCAUCGACCAGCCACCACCAUUUGCACCACCACGUUCUCAAGCAGCCGGCGGCCAGUCAUGUAUGA